GCAGGCUGGUUUAACACUCCCGUCUCCCAGCCAGGAAACAUAUCCAACACCCCUCCCUCUCUAUAUUUAUCGCUCCAACCAGCACCACCCGGACCCCACCGGCCAGAGCGACACAGUAGCACUACCCACUCAACACGACAACAUGCUGGGAUCAGGAGACGUUCUCUGGAAAAUGGAGCACGCGAUGCUGUGCUUCAACAUCUCGCCGCUUUUGAUCCCCGUGGUCUGGGUGAUUGGUCUGCUUCCGCAUACGUUUUCGCUGCUGCUAAUAUGCUACUACGGAGCACCGUUCAGUAAUACUGUUCCGCGGGGAAACUUUGAGGAUCUCGAUGCGAAAGGAAUUCCCAAAUCGAUUCAACGGAUUGCACUGAAAUGCCAAGGAGCCCACCGCAACGGCCACGAAUGCUUCCCCCUCUUCGUCGGCGCAGUCCUAGCGAUGAAUUCAAGCCCUUUAACUUUCUUCCGGCAGAAUCUGUAUGCUGUUUCGUAUGCUGUGCUCAGGGUCUUGUUUAAUACUCUGUACAUCUUUGUUUCGUCUGAGAGAGUGAGUCUGUUGAGAUCGCUGGUCUGGAAUAUUUGCAACAUCGUUACCUUCUCGAUGAUCAUCGAGUCUGUUAUUGCGAAUAUCCAUAUCUAGUUCUGACGUUCUGAGGACAACGGGCACGGCGCUCUUGUUGAGCCGCUGUUUGACUUGUACGUCUGUCUGCGCCUUUCUGAUAGAUUAGAC